UUUUAUAUUUAAGAUUUAUUUAUGUAUUUUUAUUUUAAACAUAAAGAAAAUGUCUGAUAUUUGGAAAUAUUUUAAUAAACUUACAUCAGCUGCGGAGUGCACAAUUUGCAAGAAUAAAUUACGUAGGAAAGAUGGGUCAACAACUGGUCUUUGGAAGCAUUUAGAAUCCUGAUGUGUACCAACAAUUAAGAGAAAAUAAGACCUAUACAGAAACGUUCUCGCCUUGUUGGUUAUGAUAGCAUUCCAUCCACAUUAACACAAAUUUCAAAUAAAGAUUUUGAUUUACUUAAGCAAGUUUGCCCUAUUCUCCAAAUAUUCGAUGUUGAAACACAGAAGGUUAAAAAUUGUUUAAAUAUUAUAAAAACUAAUUUACAGUUCUCAAAAGAAAAGUCCACAGCAUCAUCUAUUCUUCCUAUAUUAAAACGAAUCAGAGAUUUUUUAGAUAAUGAAAAAACCAUACCUAAAUCUCUGGAAAGUUUUGUUAAAUGUUUAGUUGAUUCGAUUAAUAUACGAGUAAAGAAACUUAUAGAUAAUAAGAUAUUAAGAAUAAGCACACUACUUGAUCCUAGAUUUGCAUAUGAUGAUAAGAUAUUUUCAAAAGCUCAUUGGCUGAUUAUUGAAGAAGAUCUUGUUUCAUUUUCUAACAAAUUUGAUGUUUUAGAUGAAAUAGAGAUCGGUAAUACUGAAGCAACAACCUCUUUUGCUGAAUUUGAUGAAAUGUUAGAAGAAGAAAGUGAAGGGAGUGAAGAAUUCGUUAACUAUGAUAUAUGGAAGCAACCAAAAUCACCAGGUGGUGUAUCAGUUCCUUCUACUUUAUCUGGUGAAACACAAGCUAAUCUCUCUACACGAAUUCAAAUGCAACUUGCAACAUACAAAGUAAUAUGUAAUCGGCCUGACAUAAAACAUGAUGUAUUCAAAUGGUGGAAGGAAAAUGGGCCUCAAUUCCCUGAUUUAGAAAAUGUUGCGCGUAAAUGUUGCAGUUAAAAGCACUUCUAAAGGAUUUUAUUAACUUAAAAUUCAACCAAA